GGAGGAGAAGGAGUGAGAUGGUACAGUGGCAACGAGGGCGGGGUUUUGCCUCCAAGAUGAAGGCAGGUCGCACAGAAAAGCAGCCGGCGCAUGUACUGUAGAUUUCUCUCUCCUCCUGAUCAACACAGUUGACGCGAGACGGAGGGAGGAGACAGGGGCUGGUGAUGGGGAUGAGCUCCGGAGAGCAGCGCCUUACUCUCGAUGCCAACUCAUCUUCCCUGUGAAGCUGCAGUUCCUCUUUGCGCAGGCGGUUCAUGUCCCCGGCGUUUUCCCACCGCCAUUUAAAGCCCCCGUGCGCUCUGACUGCAGGGUCCGUCUGCCGUGCGCGCAUCGCCCACCCGUAGCCAUGUCAGACUCUGAGGAUAUGACGGAGUUCGCCAGCAUCGUGGAGCGGAUCGAGCGGGGCGAGCCCGUCUGCGGACUGGCUGCUGACUCACGGCGGACCGCCGCUCGGCGCUGCGUCACGCUAUUUAAAUCGACGCUGCCGUGCGCCGCGCGUCUUGUGCUCGCGCCCGACAAACUUCAGCGAACGCUCAACACGAUGGUGCGGCGCAACAGCAUGAUGGCGGUUCCCAUCAAGAACAUCGAGAGGGAGCUGAUCUGCCCCAUCUGCAAGGAGCUCUUCACCCACCCGCUGAUCCUCCCCUGCCAGCACAGCGUCUGUCACAAGUGUGUCAGGGAGCUGCUGAUGCUGAACCAUGAGGACUCCUUCGACGCCGGGUCCGAGUGCUCCCUGCCCGGCAGCCCCCGGUCCAGGGUGCCCUCCCCUUCCAUGGAAAGGCUGGACAGGCUUGUGAGAUCAGCCACACUGCGAAGGUCGUUUGGAAGUCGAGGCUCCAUCUCUUCCCCGGGCUGGCGCAGAGGCUCCGUCACCCCUCGAGUCACCACCAUCCCCUGCCCGGGCUGCCAGCAUGACAUCGACCUGGGCGAGCGAGGCAUCAGCAUGCUGUUUCGGAACUUCACCCUGGAGAACAUCGUGGAGCGCUACCGGCAGGCCGCCCGCGCUGCCAUUGCCAUCAUGUGCAACAUCUGUAAACCUCCCCAGCAGCAGGAGGCCACGAAGAGCUGCAUGGACUGCAAGGCUAGCUACUGUAACGAGUGCUUCAAGCUGCACCACCCCUGGGGAACGCCCAAGGCCCAGCACGAGUAUGUUGGCCCCACCACAAACUUUAGGCCCAAGGUGCUCAUGUGUCCUGAGCAUGAGAUGGAGAAGGUGAAUAUGUACUGCGAGGUCUGCAGGCGACCAGUCUGCCACUUGUGCAAGUUGGGAGGGUCCCAUGCCAACCACAAAGUGACGUCUAUGAGCAGUGCCUACAAGAUCCUCAAGGAGAAGCUGGCAAAGAGUAUCCAUUACCUCAUCAGCAAAGAGGACCAGGUCAGGACUCAGAUUACUGAGCUGGAGCUGCUCAUCAGUCAGACUGAGGAAAAUGGACAGCUGGCAGAACGCCGAGCCAAUGAGCACUUUGAGCGUCUGUUUGAAACUCUAAAGGAAAGAAAAUCGGAAAUGCUGAGAUCCAUCGAGCAGUCCCGUAACAGACGCAUGGACCAACUGAAAGGCCAGGUGGAGGAGUAUCAGGGAAUGCUGGAGAACAGUGGUUUGGUGGGCUACGCCCAGGAGGUGCUGAAAGAAACUGACCAGUCCUGCUUUGUACAAACUGCAAAGCAGCUUCAUGUCAGGAUCCAGAGAGCCACAGAUUCUCUGAGGACCUUCCAUCCUGCAGCCGACCCCUGCUUUGAUGAGUUUGUGCUGGAAACAUCCAGAGAAGAAACUCUGCUUAAAGAGAUGUGCUUUGGUGGAGUUCCAGAUCCCCCUCUGAUUGACUUGUCGAACAGCAGAGUCUAUAACGAGGCCUCUAUCUGCUGGAGGCAGUCUGACGACCACCUUCCCACCGAUCACCACGUGCUUGAGUAUCGCAGACUCAGGGGCCCAAGCCAGUCCCCAUCCCUGGAGGAUGGAGAGGACAGUGGCAUAUGGAGGGCUACAGACAGAGUGUACGGACCCAGCACCGUAGUGCAGGACCUGGACCCCGAGAGCAUGUACUCCUUCAGAGUGAAGACCUGCAGGAAUUCAAUGUUCAGCCCUUACAGUCCUGAAGUCACCUUCCAUACACCACCUGCACCAGCUUUUGGCUUCCUGUUCAGUGAUAAGUGUGGAUUCAGCACCGAGCGCCUGGUCCUGAAUAAGCGCAGAGACACUGUAGAGAGCGUGGCGGGCAUGGCCUUCCUCCUCGCAGCAGAACGUGUGCAAACGGGCAGCUACAUCAGCCUGGAUUACAUAAUUGGGGACACGGGUAUCUCUCAGGGAAGACACUACUGGGCCUUCAAAGUGGAGCCACAUUCUUACAUGGUUAAAGUUGGAGUGGCCUCUGACACCAAGCUGCUUGAAUGGUUUCACAAUCCCAGAGAUACUAGCAGUCCAAGGUAUGACCAUGACAGCGGGCAUGACAGCGGCAGUGAGGAUGCAUGCUAUGAGGUGUCCCAGCCCUUCACCCUUCUCACUAUGGGCAUGGGCAAACUUUUCUUCCCCAAGGCUUCUUCAUCCUCUUCGGUUUCCACAGCAAACGCACCGUCUGGCGACCCCGGCAAUCGAAUCCUUCCCAUGCCACAGCGGUUGGGCAUCUGCUUGGAUUAUGAUGCGUGCCGAGUAUAUUUUUACGACGCCGACACCAUGAGGUGCCUUUAUGAGAGGCAGGUGGAUUGCUCUGGAACAAUGUAUCCAGCGUUCGGCCUCAUGGGCAGCGGAAAGAUUCAGCUGGAGGAGUUUAUCACCGCUAAGCGACUGACCUUCUGAGAAGGGACGGAGGAUGUUGACGUAUUAGUAACUGAAUUUGUUUAAUAUUUCAUUAGUUCUGUGAAGAGCUGCUUUUACUGACAGGGUGGUGGAAGUUCUAUCCAAAUGUUGUCUUUUUUUUAUGAGGCAGUGGUCAAUGGGUACUUUUCCUAAAUGUGAAACUGGGAUACUUAUAGUGGUCUUAAGCGUUUGGUAUAGAUAUGAAAGGUUUCUUCUGCAUACCAAAGUACCUGUAUCUGUUUGUCGUAUUUGACUUAGUUUUAAAUUGCCAGCUGGGACCAGCUGUUGCAGUUGUCUGCACAGUUUGCAGUCUUUUUUUUUUCUUUUCUUUUUUUAACAUGGCCCACUUUGAGCCUACACUUCCUCUUUUGUUUGGUUAAUUAUUGUUCUAGAUUAUUGUGUGUAAAUUCUGUGUAGUGCUCAUGGGCUGUUUCCUCUUUUUGAACAUAGCAGCACAGGUGUAGGUGUAAUCUUAGUUGAUCUGAGAGAGCCUUGUAGCUAAUUUUAAAGUUAGUGCCUUUGCAUUUUUUCUUCUUUUAAGGAAAGCAUCACUGAGUUUAUUCUAUGGAAGAAAUGAUGGUGUAACGGCACAAAUUUAAAUGCUGUGUCGAUUUACUGUAGAUAUAGUUUUGUCAAGGACACUGGUGUUGGUCACAACCAUUUACUCUUAAUCUCUGAAAAACUACUUUCCAUUUUAAUGUGGUUAUAUUUGGCUGGUUUUGCACAAAACAAGUAAAAACAUGCACGUGUUAAACUCAAUCACUACCUAGCUGGCUUCUCUACUUUAAAUGUUGUCAACGCACUGCAAUCAGCACACUGUCUUAUUGACACUCACAAAUGUCUGCCUUUGGUUAAAAAUGGUGUACGUCACUUUUCUGUUGCAAAGCACAAUGUAUGUUUAACGUCACAAACUUAUCUGGGAACCAGGGAACUUGGGCUCGAUAACUGCAACAUCAUCGAUGGCCAGCUUUUUGGCUCUGGUGCUGACUUAAGUUCACCAAACACCCGGCUCUGUGGCCUCGCAGCCUUUUAACAGUUUAUUCAGGUUCUUGGAAGAAGUGCUAUCUCACACAAACAUCACAUUUUGCUGAAAAACCAUCAUUAAUUUGCACUGUACUCACAUUAACUGUAGCAUGUUUUUAUAUUGCUUAGUUUGGCCAGUGGGCACCCAAGUGUAUGCUUUGCUUUGACUGGAUCAAUUCUGAUAUGUAAGCCUGAAAGCACACUGGACCGUUUGCUGGGAAACUACACCAUUUUCUUUUCACAAUUUCACAUACUGUAUAUGUGCCUGCACAUGGUUUGGUUUGUACAUCUAUAUAUUUAGAUUUCUGGAGGGUUAGGAUAUGAAGUUUGCGUGUGUUUUCUCAGGUUUCUGAGCCCGAUUUGGGCCUAGUGUUGCCUACCUCUAUCAGCUAAGCCUAGAAAACCUUAACUACUGUACCUUUCCUGACAGAAACACUUUGGUUUUAUUUUCAGUUGCUUUGUAAUAGUUGAGUAUGUUAAGCUUUUGGUAAUAUCUGAUUAUAGGCUGAUCUGUCUCUCUUUUUUUUAAUUUUUUAUUAUUAAAAUUCCAUGUGCAUACUAAUCCAGAAUAUAUUAUUAUUAGUUAAAUAAAUGACAAUAUAAAUGUUCAUGCAAGUAGAUGUUUGCUUGUGGAUUGCUAUUUACAAAAAUGACUACGCGGAUAUUGCCCUGUUCACCUGCCUUCAUCAACGGAGUGUGUGAAAUGGAAUAGCCUUCCAUUCAUCUCAUCUGUGGUGUUGGUUUAAAGAUUUGGUUUUUAGAGUAUGGAAUAUAUUUUUGCUUUGGAUAUACCGGU